AUGAGGGGGGUGAGCACUAGAGAGGGAAGAUGCGGGCGCUCCGUGGGGAUGCGUCCACGAGAGAUGCCGAGCAACGAAGGGGCCGAAGGUGAUGACUCUCACAGUCGAAAGACACUCUCACAGUCGAAAGACGGAUUUGGAGAAAGCGGAAGAUCUGCUCAAGAGCUCGCAGAUGAGGCUAGGGUACCUUGUGAAACCGCUGUGCAGCAGAAGGUCGCCGAGUUCGUUGCUGACGUCCAGGCGCUCAGCGAAGCCGCGUCGCGCGUCCCCCAGGAGGCCCUGUACGCGGCGGCCAAGUCCCUGCAGGCCAAGUGGAUCUACCUGCGUCGGGUCAUGCACACCACCUGUGAGGACUUCGAGGUCCUCCGCGACACCAUCACCGACACGUUCCUGCCCGCACUCGUCGGCACCCCACAGCCCCUCUCUGACGACAUGAAGCGGCUGCUCCUUCGCCCUGUGCGCCACGGCGGCAUCGGCCUUGUCGACCCGUCCUUCCGUGCUCCCCUUCCGGCCCCACUUGACGGGCAGACCGACCUCUGUCAGCUCACGCGCAAGGCCUCCCGGGCGGGCACCACCAUCCUCGCCCACGCCAUCGCCACCUCCGCCCCCCAUUACCCCUCCGCAGCGCAUCGCAGCCAGAUGCACAGGGCCAGGAGAGUCUUCCGAGAGUCCCUCGAUGAGACCUUCGCCCACGACUCGACAGCCAUCAUCGGCCGCCUCCCUCCCGGCCAGGCCAGGGCCGCAGAGCGUGCUCGCUGCAACGACACGGGGCAGUUCAUGACUGUCCGCCCGUCCCAGCUGGACGACACCGACCUCAGUGCACUCGAGUUCCGUGACGCCAUGUGCCACCGGUACGGCCUGCCCCACCAGGACAUGUCAGACAAGUGCGACGGCGAGCGCCCGAAUGGGGCGAGGUGCGGUGCCGACUUCACCGUCCAACACGCGCUUGGCUGCUCCCUGGGCGGGCUGGUGUACGCCAAACACGACCGGCUCAAGCACGAGGUCGGCGGCCUGUGUCAGCUGGGCGGACUCAAGGUGGCGUACGAGCACACGGUGUGGAAGGAGACCGCCCACGCCGCCGCCGCCCGCGACCCCCGUGCCGUUCCCUUGGGUGUGACCCCCUGCGACGGUGCCGGCCACCCCCAUCCCCCUCCCCCCCUCCCCUCGCCAACUCCCCCUCCCCCGCCCGACCCACCUGACCCUCCUGACCCGCCCGACCCACACACUGCGCCCGACGAGCCUGAUGGUGUCCCCAACGACCCCACCGUCCGCACGGACCUGUUCGUGUCGAGGUUUUGGCCAAGCGGCCGCGAGCUGUCGAUCGAUUUCUGCGUGACCGACGCUGACACUCGCUGCAACCAGGGCAAGACCACCGGCACGAUCACCCGCGAGAGAGAGAAGCUCAAGAAGGACCACCAUAUUGACGUGUGUCGGCUCAACCGCAUGGACUUCACGGCAUUCAUCGUGACGUGUGACGGCGUCUAUGGGAGGGAGGCCGAUUGCUUCAUUCGCCGCUUGGCCGAGCUCAUCAACAAGAGGGGCGGAUGGGACAGAUAUGGUGUUGGCCGGGUCGAGCAAUGGAUUCGGGCGCCGCUGUCAGUGUGCCUGGCUUGUUCGGUGUCUGCGUGUCUGCGGCGGCCCAGGAGGAAGGGCCGGUAGCAUUGGUU